GUUAUUGUAACAGAGCAGUAUUCAUCAAUAACAGGUUUUCCCGAAUCCUCCUGAUUUUAAGUUCUAAACCAAACCAAACAGCCCUUCCAUGGCGGGUCGGGGUCAACCCAGAUACACAACCCGAAGAGGAGCUUCUUCAUCUUCAUCUUCUUCAGCUCCCCCACCCCGCAAGUUCCACUCCAAUUCCCACCGGAAUGUCAAGCCUUCCACUUCCCACAUCCCAAUUCAAGAAACUCCUCACAACUUCAAGAACAACAAUCCCAACUCAAAAGGCUACAAAGGCCCUGAUAUUGACGAAGAUGACGUUCGCAAUCUUCCCUCCUUAGUAGGAACCUGCUCGUUCAUGUGCCCCGUUGAGGAGAGGGAAACCCGGGAAAGGCUGCGAGAUUUAGCGGUUUUCGAGAGGCUAAAUGGUGAUCCAAGCAAAUCAUCACCUAGUCUAGCUGUUAAAAAGUUCUGCAGGACUAUAUCCAUAAAGAAUGUCCAAACAUCUGAUUUGCGGCCUCUACCAGUUCUGGAACAAACUCUUGACUAUCUGUUUAACUUGUUGCAUUCAACAAAACGCCCUUUUGAGGUGGUGCAUGAUUUCCUCUUUGAUAGGACAAGAUCCAUAAGGCAGGACCUUAGCAUGCAAAAUUGCAGCGGUGACAGAGUGAUAUCUAUGUAUGAGAGAAUGGUUAAAUUUCAUAUCAUGUCCCACCACGAGCUUCGAAGAUGUAGCGAUCCUAAUAUCUCUUCAAUGUUACACCUUAACAUGGAGCAGCUCAAGAAGGCUCUAACAACUUUAUUUGACCUUUAUGAGGCAAACCGAAUGUCACAAUUCAUACACAAAAAUGAAACUGAAUUCCAUGCAUGUUAUGUGCUUCUCCACCUCCGUUCUGAAUGCCAAGGAGAUUCGUUAUCUUUGUGGUUUCGCCAAGUUCCUUUGAAAAUUAUGAAGUCAAAGGAAAUGUGUUUUGCUCGGAGAAUGUUGAGAUACUUCCGUUUGGGAAACUACAAAAGGUUUAUCCAUACUGCAGAGUCUGAUGCAUCAUACUUGCAAUAUUGUAUUAUUGAACCCUACAUCAGUGAGGUUCGAGAAUUAGCUAUUUCCUCUCUGAAUCAUGGAGGAUACAAACUUCAACCUUUUCCCCUGGCAGACCUAUCCAAACUCUUGAUGAUGAAGGAAUGGGAUAUGGAAUCUUUCUUUAGAGACUAUGGUCUUCAAAUCUUAACUGAUGAAGAAGGAAAUAGGUGUUUGUUUAGCAAGCAAGCACUUCGGGUCUCUCCCAAGGAUACAUUACAAAAGUGUUAUCCUCUGGAUUCAGAACGGUUUGAGAGGGCAAUUGUUGAAUUGUAAGAGCUCCAACUUUUGUAAAUUUUGGCAUGCUGUCUUCUUCUAUGAAUGCCUAGAAUCAGUUUCGGGCCGGGCUUCUAUUCUUAUGUGCUCAACCAGCUGAUUGCAGAUUGCAGAUUGCAUUUUUUGCAUAAGCAAUUGGGGAAUUGGCAAAAAUGUUGUCUUUAUGCUUUUAUGCUGCUCAUAAGAAAGUGGAUGAGUUGAAUGUGAAGUGUAGAACAGUACUUGACAUUCAUAUGCUGCAUCAGGGGCUUAGAUCCUAUAAUCCUAUAUGCUUACAUGCAUAUAUGUAGGCCACAAAGAAUUUUAGAAUGUAUAGUUAUUGUUUACUUCUUUUUGUUAUUUCUUCCUUUUGUUCGUGUAAUAGAAAUGAUACCUUGGUUGUGUCUUAGAUUUUGCCCAUGUUGGUUUCAAUAUAUGUCUUGUCGUGCAGACGGAGGUGCAAACUGUGCAGUUUGCACAAGUUUUCAAGUAGUGUAACAUUAAUUAGUGGUU